AUGGGGGUGCCGGAUGUCUCGCGGUACUAUCUUGCGGCCAUAGUAAGCACACUAGUACAAUUGCACCACCACAAAACAUCACUAGCGUGGAAUCAAAUAGAAACGGCACACACUGAGGGGCUACCACUACACACACUAGCCUGGACACCAGCUGACAAAAGGCCACACCACAAAACAAUAUGCCCAACAACAGCAACGACACUGAAAGUGUGGGAUAAAUUAGUUAAGAAACAACAACCUCGAAUGAGGAUCUCCACGGCCUUCCAACUUCAGGCGCUAACUAUCCUGAUUCCAGGAUUCGAAUAUAAAUUUUGGCACUCUCAUGGGGUAUUUUGUUUGUCGCAGGUUCUAGACAAUGGGCAAAUGAUAGACUAUGACACACUACACAACAAGUACAAUCUCCCAACUGCCACCUUCUUCUCAUACCUACAACUGAAAUCGUGGGUACACAAACACUAUGAUAAUACACAAGUCCAAGGACACUUGCUCACAGAGAUAGAACGGUUAUGCUUAGCAACAAAGCCUCCACAAAGGCUGCUAUCUACCUUAUAUAGUCUGAUUGGACCAAAUGACUGUAUAGAACAAUUCAAAUGUAUUAGGGCAUGGGAAAGGGAACUUGGACAAACACUAACGCCAGAAGAUUGGACUAGCACACUGAGGGCUCACAAAACGCUGACACUAAACACAGCACAUAUUGAAAUCA